CUUCCGGCCCGCGUGAGUUGCCUUCUCGCGCCAGCGGCGGGCUCGGGAUCUGUGCGAGCGUGUGCAUUUUUCGCGAGUCGGCCCCCCUCCCUCCGCACCAUGGCCUCCGACUCGUGGGCCCUGGCCGUGGACCAGCAGGAAGCGGCUGUCAAGUCGAUCAGUAAUUUGCAGAUCAAGGAAGAGAGAGUCAAAUCAGAUACAAAUGGUGUUAUCAAAACCAAUGCCACUGCAGAGAAAACAGAUGAAGAAGAGAAAGAGGAUAGAGCUGCCCAGUCCUUACUCAACAAGCUGAUCAGAAGCAACCUGGUUGAUAACACAAACCAAGUGGAAGUCCUGCAGCGGGAUCCAAAGUCCCCCCUCUACUCAGUGAAGUCCUUCGAGGAGCUUCGGCUGAAACCACAGCUUCUUCAGGGAGUCUAUGCCAUGGGCUUCAACCGACCAUCCAAGAUACAAGAGAAUGCGUUACCCAUGAUGCUUGCUGAGCCCCCACAGAACCUGAUUGCCCAGUCUCAGUCUGGUACUGGGAAAACAGCUGCCUUUGUCCUGGCCAUGCUCAGCCGAGUGGAGCCAGCAGAGAGAUACCCCCAGUGCCUUUGCCUCUCCCCAACAUACGAGUUGGCGCUUCAAACAGGAAAAGUGAUUGAGCAGAUGGGCAAAUUUCAUCCAGAACUAAAGCUUGCUUAUGCUGUUCGAGGCAAUAAAUUGGAAAGGGGUCAGAAGAUCAGUGAGCACAUUGUCAUUGGCACGCCUGGGACUGUCUUAGACUGGUGCGCCAAGCUCAAGUUCAUUAGGAACUGCCAGAUGCUGCUUUUCUCUGCCACUUUUGAAGACUCGGUGUGGAAAUUUGCCCAGAAAGUGGUCCCAGACCCAAACAUCAUCAAACUGAAGCGGGAGGAGGAGACACUGGACACCAUCAAGCAGUACUACGUUCUGUGCAGUAACAGAGACGAGAAGUUCCAGGCCCUGUGUAACCUCUACGGGGCCAUCACCAUCGCUCAGGCCAUGAUCUUCUGCCAUACCCGCAAAACAGCCAGCUGGCUGGCAGCAGAGCUCUCAAGAGAAGGCCACCAGGUGGCUCUGCUAAGUGGGGAGAUGAUGGUGGAGCAGAGGGCUGCGGUGAUUGAGCGCUUCCGAGAGGGCAAAGAGAAGGUUCUGGUGACCACCAACGUGUGUGCCCGUGGUAUCGACGUUGAACAGGUGUCUGUUGUCAUCAACUUUGACCUUCCUGUGGACAAGGAUGGGAACCCAGACAACGAGACUUACCUGCACCGGAUCGGGCGCACUGGCCGCUUUGGCAAGAGGGGCCUGGCAGUGAACAUGGUCGACAGCAAGCACAGCAUGAACAUCCUCAACAGAAUCCAGGAGCAUUUUAAUAAGAAAAUAGAAAGACUGGACACGGAUGAUUUGGACGAGAUUGAGAAAAUAGCCAACUGAAGCUCCUGCAGGUCCUGCGCAGGAACCUGGUGCUUUCACAGCACAGGCCUGGACGUCCCCGAAGGACAAAGGCACGAGUGGAGAGAAACACCUGCCUUAUUUUAAACUACGUUUGGCCUGGACAAAAAUUAUGCAAAUGAUUGAGAAAGGUAGAGGAAAAUUUUGCAUUUGAGAAAUGUAGUCCUUUCCCACCAUUUUUUUAAGCCAAGGUUUCCCCCAUCUUUAUAGUAAUCUGGUUGCUAUUGGUAUUCACUGGCCCCAGGAUUCCAU